CAGCGCCGCCGCCCCGACCCCGCUACCUGGCUCCGCGCCUCGAGGCGGCAGCCGGCCUGGGUCCCGGCAAGCAGCGGGCGCGGCCGGGAGCCUGCAAGCGGAGGCGCUCGCCGGGGGCCAUGGCGCUCGACUUCCUGGCGGGCUGCGCGGGGGGUGUGGCGGGCGUGCUCGUGGGACACCCCUUCGACACGGUGAAGGUGCGGCUGCAGGUGCAGAGCGUGGAGAAGCUGCAGUACCGGGGCACGCUGCACUGCUUCCAGUCCAUCCUCAGGCAGGAGAGUGUGCUGGGCCUGUACAAGGGCCUGGGCUCACCGCUCCUGGGGCUCACCUUCAUCAACGCGCUGGUGUUCGGGGUGCAGGGCAACACGCUGCGGGCGCUGGGCCGCGACUCCCCGCGGAACCAGUUCCUGGCGGGCGCGGCGGCGGGCGCCAUCCAGUGCGUCAUCUGCUGCCCCAUGGAGCUGGCCAAGACGCGGCUGCAGCUGCAGGACGCGGGCGCGGCUCGCGAGUACCGGGGCGCCCUGCACUGCCUGGCGCAGAUCUACCGGCGAGAGGGCCUGCGCGGCGUGAACCGGGGCAUGGUGUCCACGCUGCUGCGCGAGACGCCCAGCUUCGGCGUCUACUUCCUGGCCUACGACGCGCUCACGCGCGGGCUGGGCUGUGAGCCAGGCGCGCGCCUGCUGGUGCCCAAGCUGCUGCUGGCGGGCGGCACGGCGGGUAUCCUGUCCUGGCUGUCCACCUACCCCGUGGACGUGGUCAAGUCUCGGCUGCAGGCGGACGGGCUGCGCGGCGUCCAGCGCUACCGCGGCAUCGUUGACUGCGUGCGCCAGAGCUACGUGGCCGAGGGCUGGCGCGUGUUCACGCGGGGCCUGGCGUCCACCCUGCUGCGCGCCUUCCCGGUCAACGCCGCCACCUUUGCCACCGUCACCGUGGUGCUCAGCUACGCCCGCGGCCCCGAGCCCCGGCCCGAGGGGCCCGCGCUGGCCCAGCCGUCCAGCCUGUGACGCCCCCGGGCCACUCGGCAGCAGCUGGACACGGAUGUGACUCAGCCCCGAGGCCCAUCGUGCCGCCUGGAGCUGGGGAGCCGCUCUGACCACCUGGGUCGCUCCGCUCCGCCCGGCUCAGCAGCGGGUGACCUCGGCCUCCAAGUGCCAGGGUGCAAGCGGGACCCUCGGCCCACCUGGUGCCACCCUCAAGGGCCAAGCUGGGCCUGCAGCCGCUACUCAGGACCUUCCAAACCAGCUGCACUGCCACGCCUGCCCCUCGUGGACCCCAGCCCCAGCCACGUACUCCAGGCCCCCACACUCCUACCCAGCUGACCACUCCAGCCCCCACCUGGCCCUGCAGACCCUGGUCACCCCCUUUUGCUCCUGCCUCCCCACAGGCUGCCCAGCACCUCCCCAACUUCUGACAGCUUCCGCCUGCAGAGCUCCAGGGAGACUUCUUGACCACAUCUGGCACCGAAGAACAGACCCUGUGUCCUCAGCUUCUGCACGUGGCGCUGCUUAGAGGACCCUGGCUGCUCCCCUCCCUCGGGUGGCCAUGCAGCAGGGACCAGGGCGAGGAGGUCGCUGCACUUAGGCUGUGACGCUGUGAUGGCCUCAGCUGCCCACCUGUGCAGCAGGGACUUGGCCAGCUGGGGUCUGGGUCACCCCUCUAGCCGGGGCUGGAGAGCAGUGUGGAUCUUUGCCCCAUGACCCGGUGUCCACUGAGGCACAGCGGGCCUGCCAGUGGGCACAGGUGUGCCAGCACAGGCCCCGGGGGACGGGACAGGCUGUCCCAGGAGGCAGCUUGUGCUCGGCAAGACAAGACUGCGCUGCUGGGUGUCAUCGCGGUAGAAAAGCCACCCAGGAAUAAAGCAUUCACUGUUUUGUAA